GAGCAAGUCUUGGCCAUUACUUCACAUUUCGUGUUCCUUCCAUCUCUUUUUAAAAAAAAAAACAGAAUUCCAAUUUCAACUUCACAUUCAAACCAGUCAAUCCAAUGAUUCCAAUCAAACAUACCCAUUUAAUAACAACUCUCUCUCUCUCUCUCUCUCUCUCCCAUUUCAAAAUAUAGCCACAUGAUCUCUAUAGGGUAUACUUUAUUUUAAACAUUUUAGAGGCAGUGCAAAGAUAUUAUUUUAAUAUAAGAAGGAUGUGAGCUUGUGGUAGAUUAUUUUGUGAAAUAGUAAUGGGUGGUUUUAGUGUUGUUGAAGAAGCAACAGCAGCAGUUGGGAAGAGAGCAUAUGGAGAUACUUGGGGAGAUCCACUUUUUCAUUCCCAACACAGACGCUCUAAGAGUGCUUCAGACAGGAACGCAAGUGUUUUAGGAGGUGGAGUUUUGCGUUCCGUAAAGCAGGACCAAGAUGAAACAUAUGUGUUACCAUAUUCAGCAAGUGUUUCUAGGGGACAAAGUCCUCUGCAUGACUAUGCCAACUAUUUUAAUAAGAACAUAUCAUCAAAUCACAGGGCCUCCUUGGAAAAAGAUAUUGAGCAGCUGCAAUUGCGAUUACAGCAAGAAAAAUCUAUGCGCAUGAUGCUUGAGAGGACAAUGGGUCGAGCUUCUAGUACUUUAUCUCCUGGACAUAGGCAUUUUGCUGCUCAGACAAAGGAAUUGAUUGCUGAAAUUGAAUUACUUGAAGAAGAGGUUGCAAACCGUGAGCAGCAUGUUCUUUCUCUCUACAGGAACAUCUUUGACAGUGUUAGUCGGCCACCUUCAGCACAAAAUUCAGGCAUGGCUUCCCCAGCCCAUACAAAACAUGGUUCCAGGAAACAUCCAAGUAUCAUUUCAAGUGCUUUUUGUUCCUCAAAAAAGUUUCCUUUGCGGCCUUUGCAAGCUCUAGUUUCUCUGGAUGACCCAUGGAAAAGAUCCCAUAAGACUAGUCAUACACCAAUGUCCAAUGGCAAAAACAACAUCGAUACUGAAAAAAUGUGUUUUGACCAAACUAAGGUUAGGGAAAAGGUUCAAGCCAUGUAUAAAACAUCUGUUCUGCGAACUCUGAAAGAUCAUCUUUACCAGUGCCCGAGCAAGUUAUCCGAGGAGAUGGUUAGGUGCAUGGCUGCUGUAUAUUGCUGGCUUCGUAGUGCAGCAUCUGUAAAUACUGAAACGAACCGAUCACCUUUGUUGUCAAGGUCAUCCACGAAUGUUAUACAGCCGCGACGUGGUACUGGAGAGGACCGAGAUUGGACUUGCAAAUCAAUGAUUGAAAUAUCUUGGAUAUCAACUGAUAAAAGCCAGUUUUCUCAUGCUUCUUAUGCCAUGAACAACUACAGAGUUUUGAUUGAACAACUAGAAAGAGUGAGUUUCAGUCAGAUGGAAAAUGAUGCACAAACUGCAUUUUGGAUCAAUGUGUACAAUGCACUUGUUAUGCAUGCAUAUUUAGCAUACGGAAUCCCCAACAACUCUUUGAGAAGGUUAGCCUUGUUUCAUAAGGCUGCUUACAACAUUGGUGGCCAUGUCAUAAGUGCAAAUGCUAUAGAGCAUGCAAUAUUUUGCUUCCGAACACCCCGAAGUGGACGGUGGCUAGAAACUAUCCUUUCCACUACCUUGAGAAAAAAGUCGGGUGAAGAAAGACAACUCAGUUCAAAAUUGGGUCUUCUGAAGUCCCAACCCCUUGUCUGCUUUGCCCUUUGUACUGGAGCUUUUUCUGAUCCUGCGCUAAAAGUCUACACGGCAUCAAAUGUUGGAGAAGAAUUAGAAGCAGCAAAAAGAGAAUUUCUUCAAGCAAAUAUAGUUGUGAAGAAGUCGAGGAAAGUGUUUCUACCAAAGGUGCUCGAGAGAUAUGCAAGGGAAGCAUCUCUCAACUCAGAUGAUAUUCUCAAAUGGCUCACUGAAAAUGUUGAUAAGAAGAUACAUGAUUCGAUACAGAAAUGCAUUGAUAGUAAAUCCAGCAAGAAGGCGUCUCAGAUCAUAGAGUGGCUGCCUUAUAGUUCCAGGUUCCGGUAUGUAUUCUCAAAGGAUCUAGCUGAGAAGCCAUGGUGGAUGUGAGGUUCUUCUUAUACGGUAGAAUGUGUUUCUUACUGUCACUUGAACCAUUAAAACAUGGAUUGACCGAGAGAGGAAAUGAAACGUGGGUACUUCAAACUAAGCCUUUUUUAUUGUGCAUGUGAUUUUUGCUACCACAGUACCACUUUGUUGUUCCACGAAGUCCAAAGUUUGUGCCUUUCUGUUAGUCUAUUGUAAUCUAAUCUGAAACAGUGGGGACCUUUUUGCUGAUUUUUAGUGUGAUGAUCUUAGCAUUGUAAUUGCGGGAAGUGGUACCAACUUCAACAGUAGUCUGACUGACUUUCACUUCUUAAUGUAAAAAGACUUUAAUGUAACAUCAUUUAACAUUUGGUUUUGAUUUAUGUACAUUUCAACUUUCUCCA